AUGGCCAUGCAGAGUGACUUUUCAACUGUGUUCUUUAUUCUAGCGUCGGCAGUUGCAUUUCGAAGUUGCUUAUGUAGCGAGCGAUACGUCGUGGGAGGCGCUGUUUGGUCCAUCCCUUCCUACCCAAAGUUCUACAACGACUGGUCCUCUUCUAUUAUCUUUUUCGUCGGUGACGCUAUAUUGUUCGACUUUGAAUUGGGGUUCCACAAUGUUAUCCAAGUUCCAAGGCUAGACUACAAGGACUGCGUCUCCAACAAUCCCAUUAAAGUCUUAGAUACUGGACCGGCAAUCGUUUCGCUGAUGGAUCGAGGGGUUUUGUACUUCAUUUGCAACAUCUCAAACUACUGCGAUCUUGGGCAAAAGGUCUCUAUAACCGUCCAAAAGCAAUCCACAAAUCUUUCCCCAACUCCAUCACCAUCACCAUCACCAUCUCCAUCUCCUUCUUCUAUGCCUUCUGCACCACCUUUGCCCCGAUUUCAGCCACCGAAAACAUCGCCCGUGACAUUUGGCUAUAGCAAUUCUUCUGAGGCUCCCGUACUUGGGACUAACUAUAUUGCUUCGCUUGGGCCUAAUCAUACUAGGAAUGAUGUUUCCAACCUGCAUCAUUAUCAGAUGUAA